AUGAGAAUUAUCUCUGCACUUGCUGUAUUCUUUGCUUUCAUCGUGGUCUCACAGGCUUUCACUGUCCCACUCUCCUUCAACAAGGCUUCAAGACAAGCCAUUAGAAGAAUCCCACAAAACAUCCAAAAGAAGUUUGCUGGUCGUCUCCUCGGUGCUUCAGGAACCACUAUUCCAAUCUCUGAUUAUGAAGAUGCCCAAUACUAUGGUGCCAUUACCAUCGGUACCCCAGCCCAAUCCUUCAAGGUAGUUUUCGAUACUGGUUCAUCCAACUUGUGGAUCCCAUCCAAGAAGUGCCCAGUCACUGUUGUUGCCUGUGACUUGCACAGCAAAUACGAUUCAUCCAAGUCAUCGUCAUACGUUGCCAACGGUACCUCUUUCUCUAUCCAAUAUGGUUCUGGUGCCAUGUCUGGUUUCGUCUCCCAAGAUACCGUCCAAGUCGGUUCCUUGACUGUCCAAAACCAAUUGUUUGCUGAAGCCACCGCCGAACCAGGUAUUGCUUUCGAUUUGGCCAAAUUCGAUGGUAUCCUCGGUCUUGCCUUCCAAUCGAUCUCUGUCAACUCUAUCCCACCAGUUUUCUACAACAUGAUGGCUCAAGGUUUGGUCCAACAACCAGUCUUUGCUUUCUGGUUAUCCAAGGUUCCAGGUGCCAACGGUGGUGAACUCACCUUUGGUUCCAUCGAUACCACCCGUUACACUGGUCCAAUCACCUACGUCCCACUCACCAACGAGACCUACUGGGAGUUCAAGAUGGACGAUUUCGCUUUGAACGGUAACUCUCUCGGAUACUGUGGUGCUGACGGAUGUCACGCCAUCUGUGACUCUGGUACCUCCUUGAUUGCUGGUCCAUCCGCUCAAAUCAACGCUUUGAACACCAAGCUCGGUGCUGUCGUAAUGAACGGUGAAGGUAUCUUCACUUCAUGCUCUGUCAUCUCGACUUUGCCAAACAUUGAAAUCACUGUUGCCGGUCGUCAAUUCCUUUUGACCCCAACCGACUACGUCCUCCAAGUUACCUCUAUGGGUCAAACUGAAUGUCUCUCUGGUUUCAUGGGUAUCGAUAUCCCAGCUCCAAUUGGUCCAUUAUGGAUCCUCGGUGAUGUCUUCAUUUCCACUUACUAUGCCAUCUUUGACUAUGGUAACCGUCAAGUCGGAUUUGCUACAGCUGUUACUGCCUAA